UCGAACAAUUUCCUAAAGCGCCACAAAUCAUGUUUGAAAGGUCCAACAAGGCACUAUGGCAGUAUAUCACAGGAAGUUCAACUCUCAAACCACCGGAUGCUAUGAAGUCAGAAAUAUCUUCCAACAAAGAAAAACUGAUCAAAGGCCUUCUUCUAUACAGAAAACAAACGCAACCAGUUGGUGAAGUGUUGAAAGAAAAAAAGCUCGAUGCAGGCCCGAGGAAGAAAUUUGUUCUUAUAUUGAGUAACUUUUUGGGUCUUGAGGAAGGAAUUGCGCUUGAUUUAUUCAGUUCGUACCUGCUUAAUGAUUUCCGUGGUGCCGAGGAGGGGCUGAAGAGCGCCCUGAAAGAUGACCGAUAUGUUCAUGCCCUCCUGCUCAAGAUCAGGGAUUACUACUUCAGUGAGAGGCUUUAUCUCUUGCGGACAAUCAAACACAUAUCGGGACACUGGCGGGACAACGAACAUCCAUUUAAGGAUCAGUAUGCUGAGUUUGUCGAAGAAAACAGCCGACAGAAUGUGUUGAUAGAACAGAUCAGGAAUCAGUAUGAGAUGUGUUACACCGCCGCCGCACCAAACUUUGAAACACACGGUUCUGCUAUGAAUGAGAGACAGGCGUGUAUCUGGCUCGUCCAGAACCUCCGUGAGCAGUGUGAGCUCCUCGAGAUCAUCCUCCUCUUCUAUAAAGACUUCCAGCAUCAAGCCAAGGAUCUCCUCUCUACGUUCACUCAAUUCAAGAAACAAGGCUUUGGCAAGCAUCAAACAAACAAGCAUCUCCUGGAUGAGAGCAUGGAGCUCCUGGUAGCUAGAAUCGGGUACCUUCAAGUUCUGGUCGUAUUGGAAGCUCUCGAUUUCGAAUCAUUUUACAAAUGUUAUGAAAGCGACACGGUGAAGGAACAUCACAUUAUCAAGAGUGCUGUAUACAAGGAACUCGACAAACUGUUCUGUUCCCUUGGCGACCAUCAAGUACACGCCCCCCUCGUCCUGGCGUGGACCGUCAUCCGACAGAUAGCACACCCAGAGGACGAGCCGAUGAUCACCAGGAAACUUGGCAAUGUCUCCCUCCAGUUGAACGUGUUUGGGUAUCUCCUUGCGCUACUCGAGUCCGGCCCAUUUGACGGGAAAUCUGUUGUCUCCACGAUCUCGAGCAAUGUGCUGUAUGGUCUUCUAUCUCUUGUUCUCUCCGUGUUUCGUGAGGACACACUUGGCGAUACUGGUACGCUCUACGCUGUCGUCAUCAAGUUGCUGAAGCGGCCAGAUUUGAGCAGUGACUUGUGGGAAAAGGGCCUCGAUGUGAGUGUGGGCAUGUUGGUUCAGUCAGCUGUCGAUAGUUUUCCGCUCAACUUCAACCAUCUCGUCCGGCUGUGUACAUCACUUGCAACAGACUCGAUAGAUGGCGCUGAAAAGGUUUUUGACCUGAUGAGUGCGUUACCGGUCUACACCGAGUUUCUCGACCAAAAUCGCUCAUCCGACUUCAGGCUGACGGCAGAUAAUGAGUUAAUGUUGAUGAGAGAUAGGAGGCUGUACCAUACAAUUGCUGCUGAUUUCAUCAUCCCUAAGGAGACGCAAGGCCAGCUGCUCUCUACAGAUAAGAUACCGAUUGUGCAGUGGCAGUUCCGCUAUAGCGGCUGGCAGAUCUUGACUGGCGAGGUUGCACAACUUCUCCAACAGAUGGCGCUAGGCUCAGGGUCUAUAAAGGCGCAGAGUUUGAACCAUGUUCACGAGAUCACAGAUUUACUCCAUGCGGUGUUGACCUCUUUCCCGGAAUUAUCAGACAGCCUCUCCAUGUUGACAGGUCUAAUGUACCAGCUCUUGCAAAGGUUUUCUGUCUUGUCCCCUCCAUCCCUGGAGAACACAGCAUCGUGUUUGGACGUCAUCGCAAGCCUCGCAAAAAUCAACCCGCAAGCAACAUGGAAGAGUCUCCAGCACACCGGGUUCCUGCCGUUCCUCACUGAGAACUUCUCUGACUUGUUCGAGGCUGCGAGUGGGGCUGGGUUGAAUCCUGGUGGUUAUGGUGCUAUACUGGCGCGGAGCGAGAUCCCCCUUGGAUCCUACCCACUCACUCUUUCGUAUCUACAGCUCGUCUCUAAUCUGGUUGAGUGCCUUGAUGCGGAGAGUAAGAAUGUGACAACAGCAUGUGUCCUCUAUAUCCUCAGAGAGAUCUUCCCCGUCUUCCAGAAGUGGCGCUUCUACAACAUCGGUCGAAGAGAAAUGAUAGGUCAAAAAUGUCUGGAUAUUUUCCAUAAAAUCCUCAAUGUUAGAAAGCCAUCCAAAGGUGUAACAACAACAAGAAGUGGUCCAUCACUCGUUGACAUCUGUAUCUACUGUUUGAUGUUCACGGAGGCUGGCAGGUCGCUGCUUGACGUCAUCUCCAUCGGUGUGGACUCGGUGGACCUAGCACUCUCCCAGCAGGGAAGUGCACAAGAAGGCAUUGGUACGGAACUUAUUCAACAGAUUCGCCUCGCCUUCUCUGUCCUCAACCGCCUCCUAUUACUGCGCCCGGCCAACCAACCACCCUCUCCUGUUGAACACGCCCUGACCACCCAGCCUGCGAAUCGUCUCCAGAAACAUGUGGUGGCGACGAUAGCGCAGUAUAUCUACCACCGACAUGACCCGAGACUGCCAGCACUCUCCACACGUCUCUUGAAAAGGUUAGCUAUGGUGUCACCCAUGUCUCUGAUGGCCUGCCUGGGGAACGAUGCACCAGCAGUCAGGGACAUCUUUUUAUCAAGGCUACAGGAGUAUACAGAGGACAUUCGGCUGAAGGUUGUGAUCCUUGAACUGCUGGCCGUGUGUGUGGAGACGCAGCCCGGCUUGAUCGAGAUGUUCCUCAACAUCCAGCUCUCAGACACCAUCUCUGCUAAUAAGAAGACAGGGGAAGAUACGGGGAAAGCCAAGAAGGAACUCUCCCUAGGCCGAGUGAGCUGCCUGCAGAUCAUCCUCAACCUGCUGAAGGAGCACCAGCAGGGCACAUUCUACUGCCCUCCUGACCUCUUGUGUGCCGCCACGGAACUACUCCACGCUCUCUGGUACGGCAGGAGAGAAACAGCAAUGGCUGUACUGAGAGAUAAAUCGGAUUUCUGGCAAAGUCUUUGUAACCCACUGAUGUUGGACUUGCCUGAACCAUCGCAAGAUGUGGAUCUCGCGAUGAUGAGUGACAUAAAAACAUUCUCGUACAUUAUUCGUAUCCUGGCUCAUGAGCUGUAUGGAUUAACGGGGAACAAGGUUGACAGUAAUUUAGAGAAGGUGCUGGGAGCAAUCACCAAAGAGAAACGCCUUGUUCACUGGUCUAAGUAUAUCCGUGAUACGCUGCAGCUCGAGGCUGAGCGGGAUGAGGAACCAAGUGAGGAGCAGCUGGCUGAGAACAGUCUGGUUCACCUCCUCUGUGGAUGGAAGAGCUUUAUCACUGUGCUCGCAUCUUUCAGAGGUGAUGUGUUGUCAUUGAGCAGGAACGAUAAAGAUCUGAUUAUGAGUCAUAUACUUGACGGUGUACACGCACAGCUUACACAGAGGAUCGACAACCUCAGGCUAAAACUUGCAUCCAUUGGGAGUGAGGUUUAUUUUAUACUUCUGAAGCGAUGGAUAGGAUCUGUCAAGUCAAGUUCGGCCGUCUUAGAAAAGGUGACAGAUGUGCUGCGUGUGACGUGUGCCAACAGUGAGACAUUGAUCCCUGGGGUCCAGGUUGGCUUGCUUGGUUCUCUCAUACUCUUGGUGCAAGAAGCAAAAUCAACGAUAGGAACAGCUGUAGAUACGAAGCAGCUGUUGGAGCUUCUGAAUGUACUCUGUCCCUUGCUCCACCAGCGAACCCAUCAACUUAUACCUGAGCAGACAUUAGAGACAUCAAAUAUGACGAUGGUCAAUCGGAGAGUCAAGCCUCAGGUUUUGAACAUCUGCCUCCUGAAUGAGGUGUUGCUAACGAUAGACAACCCUGACGUCUGGCUCCCGGUGCUGCAAGAACACGCGACCCUGCCCCUGCUCCUCUCCUCCCUACAGAUGUGGAUCAAGGCAAAACAAGGCAUCCAUUACGUGCAAUCAGUCAUCAUGUUCCUACAGACCCUGGCGCGGAUCCCCAAGGUCGCUGAAGCCAUCAUGGUGAAUGGCUUCACCCAGCAUCUGUGUUUACCAGUCACUCAUCUUUAUACGCAGGAGUUCUACCAAUCAGAUAAGGCUGAUAUCGGAGCAAAAAAGACGGAAGUCACUAGCACCAUGACGGAGGCACCUACAUGGCUUGGCAUCUACCGCCAGUUCUUGAGCCUGGUCUCAAGCAUGCUGUCAACGCUACGAUUCUCAUUCCUGCAGGAUGCUCUAGACUUUUUGGGUGUUCAUCAGGACCGUAUGAUCCAGUGCCUGGGUGCUGUGCGUGUGACCUUGAUUUGUCCCCAGCUCCAGGAGGCGGAGGCGACACUUCAUCUUCUCUAUGAGUUGGCUCAUUUCAUUAGAGAGUGGCGGUUACAGCUGCCACAGGUCAUGGAUGCAAUGAUGCUUAGUUUGAAUAACCUAAUGCAGACGUCUGCAUCGAUGAUCACUCAUCCAAGAUUACUCCAACACAUUCUAGAGCGGCAGUAUGGUAAAGAAACAAGUCGUUCUUCCGGACAGGAUCGGUUGUCGAUGGCACCCCUCAGCAGCCGACUACAGCACCAAUCAUCGACGGAGGACGUUGAUCACUAUUCGCCGCAACUCAUCAGCGUGGUCAACCGCCUCAUGAACAUCCUCGCUCAGGGAAUGUCGAUUUAUAGAAAACUAUCACCGGACCUUUGUGAAAUAUUACUAGAUCAGAGCAUGGACAUCAGCGAGUAUGAGCCAUUGUUGACCCUCAGCUUCAGUAGCCCAUCAUUGGAUACGGAUGGACCUCUCUCUUACGGCACAAUCCUGUCAUCUCUCAAUAUUGCUCUCAAGUUUCUCACCAAAAUUGACCCUCGCGGUACGUCCCCAGCCAAGUCACCAAGUCAGACUGACUGGGCACCAAUUACAAAGAGUCUGCUGAUGUACAUCCUAGAGAAUGCAAUUGUGGUGCUGAUGUGUCAAGCAAUGAGACAUUUAAAGGAUGCGACACUUUCACCACGAGACAAGCAAUUCUUAAAGAGAGAACUAGGCGCCGAACUGAAUUCAUUCCUCCAAAGUUUCCAUCGCUACAUCAGGAAGGGCGGGCCACCAUCACCUGCAGGAUCCAGUCUUCCCACUCCACAGCUGAAUCGCUCUGUGUCCCUGACGGGUUUCCAAGCAACAGGGGAACAGCGCUAUUUCAAAAUGGUAGCAGACUUUGUGAAGCAGGUUUUGAGAUAAACAGUGACUGAAGUAAAAUGCCUUUCACACCUCACAACAUGACAAUUACAAGAAAUAGAAAGGAAAAACAUCUACUGCUACUGCUACGGAUGUGCAGUUUAUGUUUGUAACAUUCGGUAAUAAAUAAGGAAGUGACUAUUUGGCAAGCCCGGCUCACCAAACAGCGCCUUUUUUCUGCCCUAGAUGGAGAGCCGAACUCAUGCAUAUUCAACCAUCCAGGAGCUCAUUAUCAUUCGUGGCAACACGGUCAGCAACACUGGAGUUACAGUGAAACGCCUUUAGAAAUGCACACUAAUGCAUUUAACAUGCUUAUCAGUUAAAUCACGUUUAUGACUUUUUUUGUUAAUCCAUACAGUCAUGUACAUGUACAUGCUUCUUCGUGGAUUAUUGACCAAAACCCGAGUUUAGUAACAGGAAUUGAAUCGAGAGCGGGAAGUCGGCCAUUGUUAAAAUGCGCGUAUAAAUUCGAAUAUGACGUCACUGCUCUCUGAUUGGCCAACAUGUUGUAACCUCUCCGGCUCGCCAAAGAGGGUAGUAUUUUUGCCCUGUUUGGCCAGCCCGGCUUGCCGAACAGGGUAGCUUUUUAGUGCUGUUUGGCAAGCGGCUCUCCAAACAGGACAAAAAAAGAUGCCUGUUCGGCGAGCGGCUUGCCAAAUAGACCCGGCCAAUAAAUAAACAAUAGGGUGGUUUCGCAGUCGCACGGAUAGCGCGACGUGAACGUUUAGCUAGACGUAACCGUUUUAUUUACUGCUGCAUCAUUUCGGCGGUUUCGUUGCGCACGAGAAAACGGUUACGUUUAAGUCUAGGUGGCGUGAAUUUUGAAAAUGGCGGCACUCAGAGAACUCUUGCAUUUGGCGAUUGAAAAUGAAGAUGAUGAGUUUGUUUACCUACUUUUUGAAGAAAUGGCGGUGCCAAGGGGGUAACAUAUGAUUCAGCGUAGCCUAGAUUCGAUUUAGAGACUUAUGUUAUGUAUACCAAUAAACAGAUCUUCAAGGUAUAAUAACGUGGUCUAUUUCACCAUACGAAAGUUACAAACUGGCUCAUCGCGCCAGGCUUACAGAAGACAACGAAAUUCCACAGAACAUAUUAUGCGACUAUUACGACAGUAUAACGGGUGUGUCUACAAACACCACAUUCCUCCCUCCUAAUCAGAAAGUAAUUAACUAGUCCAAGUUAUAAACACGGUCAAACUAGAACAUAGCUCAAACACCCGAGCUUAAAAAACCAAACUAAACAUAUAACCAACUAAGUGACUAUACUACGCAACUGGAAGUGUCUACGGUCACAACCUAUUAAUUACUGUAAAAUGUCUCAUGAACCGUAUACAUGUAUGUGAACAACGCACACAAGGUAAGCUAUCGAAUGUUACUAAACCAACAAAUGCCACAAAUGGGCUAUGUCCUUCAAAAAUGUUCAAUCAAACGUUCAGGUGGUUUUCUCACACGUGCAGAUCUCCUCGGAGCUGGGGCUGGACUGGCAACAGCGGUGUUUCCAGAAACAGGCAAUGGAGCAGGUCCU